AUCGCUCUCGUAACUGUAUUCUCAAACGUGAUACUCUUCCUCGCCAUUGUACUGCCGAGCAGCAGGAACAGAACCGCUCAUAAAUCCUAUAGGACAUUUAUGUUUAUGAGCUCCAUGGCUGUCUCUGACAGCAUUCUUGGAGCGCUAGUUAUGCCCCUGUCAGUUGUACCAAUAAUACUGAACGGAACAUGGGACCUCGGGAACGUCACGUGCAGUGGCUACCUGGCCGUAACAAAUAUUGUGUGUUCCGUGAACGCUUGUCACAUUUUGUGCAUGGCCGUCGACAAAUACAUCGCGGUGUGUAGACCUUUACAGUACAGGUUGAUGAAGAAAAGAACUAUUCAAUUUAUGAUCUGCGCUUCGUGGCUUUUUCCUAUCGCUUUGACUUUGUUACUAAAAAUUAAUGGAAUUGACAAUAUGGGUCUGGAGAUGAGAUACAAGGGGAUGUUGGAGGAGAGCAACUUUUGCUUUAACAACUCUAGCAGAGAAGUAUUCGUCUCCUAUUUAAUCCUAUCGUUUUAUGGUCCCAUAAUCGUGACCUAUAUUUUGUACGCGCGAAUAUUUAAAGAAAUUUGGAGUUUGAACAAUCGCUCCCCACAAUAUCGUCUCAAAAAACCUUCAGCACUUUCAAAUUCAAAGGAAAAUUUGACAACAGAUGUCAACGUCAUAGGCAUCAAAAUUUUAUCCGACAUGACAUCGGGUUAUGUUGCAGAGCCCAAUUCGGGACAAUCUAAUUACACGAUCGACUCAGAUACCAACAGAGUCAGGAAUAAAAAAACGAAAAUAAAAAAUAGUGAGCGCCCUUCAACCGAUUCUCGAAUACCUCGUCAUAUCUCCCGACACAUGAGGGCCAUUCGAACCAUUGGAUGCAUCGUUGCGGCCUUUACCGUCUCCUGGAUUCCGACGUCGCUGUAUCUGGUCACCAUCAGGUACAUUGGAUACGAACAACCGAUGUGGUCUAUUUUACUC